AUGGCAAAGAAAAGCAAUUUCAGCUAUUCGCGAAACCGAAAGAAGUUGGGUAGAAAGGAAAAAGCUAAGUUGAAGAUUAAGAAUCCAGUUGUUGAUUCAGCUUGGAAGCCUGGAUUGUCUGUCAAAUCAAAUUUUACUCGUCUGGGUUUAGCCUAUGAUGCAAAUGAAGUACUGGGAGUUCCUCAUAGUCAGAUGCAUGCAGGGAUAGUGAUGCAGAAACAAGAGGCACAGUCACGUAAAAAGUCCACUGUUGUAAAAGUUUUGGAAGAAUUGGCCAAACAUAAAAAACAGAAACCUGUAUUCGUCUCCGAGGAUGAUCAGCUAUUUUGUAUAUAUAAUUUAGAAACGUAUGUAGAGGAUGAUUAUGCGUCGAUGAGUAGAGAUCCGAAGAAUGUUUAUCAGUUAACGCCAAGACAGAUUGAACGUUUAAUUAACAAGUUUAAACAAACCAAUGGCUUUCGGAAGUAUAUUAAUGAUAAGAAAUCAGGAGAACUUAUUGUCAGUCAUUUAUUCGAUGAGGAAUUAAUGUAA